GGAUCUCUAUUUCUGAGCCCAGUCCAAUCAGUUUUUGACGCAUGGAGCAGCCGGCCCUCGCCGGAGCAGUUCGCUGGGUGCAGGCCAAUGACAUCCGGGCGCAAGGCGUGGGUUGGUCGACGUGGCUGGAUGGCCAGAACGCUGGGCCCCAGAAGGACCCGCAGAGGCAUCCCGCCCAAGUACUGCGGCAGUUCCUUGAGGCCGUGCGGCCAGGCUUGCCGAAGGAGGUGCUUGCAGCCGUCCAGGGCGAGGAGGAGGCUAUGCAAAGCUUGGCGACCUUUCUAGGCAGCAAGGGCGCUGGUCUCGUCAAGCUCAUGGAGCUGACCAGGACGCAUCCCAACUUCAGGGCCUUCUAUGGGUGCCUUGGACUGUUCCCUGACGAGACCUGGGUGCAGAGAAAGCGGCGGAAGUUAAAGGGUGAGCCUCCGGAGAACGUGGAGGACAUCCUUCUGGCGGUGGAUUGUGAGAUGGUGGCCACAGACCAGGACCAGAACGCGCUGGCAAGAGUUUGCGCAUGCAAUGCCAAGGGGGAAGUGCUCAUGGACAGGUUAGUCCGGCCGGAGGGUGUCAUUACAGAUGCCCGUAGCGACAUCACGGGCCUGCAGGCAGCUCAACUGGCGGAAGUGGACUUCAGCCUUUCAGACGCACAGGAGGAGCUUUUGGGUUUGAUGUCGCCUUGGACUGUUCUGGUGGGCCACACCUUGAACCACGACCUGUCAGUGUUGCGACUGCAAUCCUUCUUGGUGCUGGACAUCGGCCUUUUGUAUGCCAUUGAGGGCCAGCCCAGGCGACGCCCUGCUCUGGCGCAUUUGGUGCACCAGCUGCUGCGAAAAGACUUCAGACUGGAAGGCUUGCACGACUGCGUCCAGGAUGUCCUGAUGACGAUGCAGAUCGCGGUUCAGCGGCUUCGUGGUGGAGCCGUGGGCACUGUGUGGGUGCCAGCGCCGCCGGCCUCUGACAAGGACCUUGCCAAUGCCCGGACACUGUAUGUGCACCGGGUGCCGCAGCGUCAGGAUGCCUUCGCGGCCAUUGCCAAGCUCUUUGCCUCCUUGCCGGCCGAAUUCGGGUCAUCCUUGGAGGGCAUCAAUAUGUUGCAGUCGGGCAAUGCCGCGCUCAUCAGUGCCACAGCACGGUUUGCCUCGGCGGAGGCUGCAGAGGCGGCGUUUCUGGCCAUCCCUGCAGAGUCCAUCGAGAUCGACAAGGUUCAGCGCCCUCAGAAGUUGGUGAAGAUCCACUUUGAGGACCGCAGCGCGCUGAUUUGCAUCCGGCCCAUUUUGGGAGGCAUUGGCAAGGCGAGCUUGGCGAAGCCGGAGCCCAAGGCGCCGGUGGUGAAGCCCAAGCGCACGGGGAAGGGCUGGCCUGGGUGGCGGCGAGCGGCCGAGCAGCUGCUGGCGGCACAGCCGAGCAAAGCCUUGCACUGGCAACAGCUCAUCGAAGAACUGGUGCUGCAACGUCGGGAGCAGGCGGGCGGGCGGCCGGGGGAGCAGAGCGAGCCCCAAGAGCUGCUGCAGCUCCGCGCCCUCGCGCACCUCCCCGAGGAGUUUCUCAGCGAGACCGAGCCUUUGGUACGGCUGAGGUGAAAA